UUUCCCGCCUCACACAGAUCAGCUGCACACACGCGCGCACGUAGUAGGCAGAGACCAGGCGCCACACACACACACACACACACACACACACGCCGGAGGAAACCCCAUCAGCUGUGGAAGGAAACACAGCCUGGAUUUACUUUUCUUUCUGCCGCUUCGGCCGGUCUGUAUGCCACGCGCCGUUAGGGACCACCGAACCACGCAGCUCCGCGGCACCAACAACGGAGGAGGGGGAGACGUGGAGCCAGAAGGAAACGAGAACCGCGGAGCGGAGACGGCGGCUCCGAAAGCAUGGAAUAUUUCAUGAUGCCGACAGAGAAGAUCCCGUCGCUACAGCAGUUCAGGAAGACCGAGAAGGAUGUCAUCGGUGGCCUCUGCAGCUUGGCAAACAUUCCCCUGAGUCCAGAGACGGCCCAGGACCAAGAGAGGCGAAUUCGCCGUGAAAUCGCCAACAGCAACGAGCGCCGCCGGAUGCAGAGCAUCAACGCUGGAUUUCAGUCCCUCAAAACACUCCUGCCACACACCGACGGGGAAAAGCUCAGCAAGGCGGCCAUUCUGCAGCAGACGGCGGAUUACAUCUUCACCUUGGAGCAGGAAAAGACGCAACUUUUAGCACAAAACAAUCAGCUCAAGCGCUUCAUUCAGGACUACAACGGUUCAUCGCCUAAGAGGAGGCGAGCCGAGGAGAAGGAUGAAGGAAUCGGCUCUCCAGACAUGCUGGAGGAGGAGAAGGUGGAGGAGCUGAGGCGGGAGAUGCUAGAACUGCGGCAGCAGCUGGACAAAGAGCGCUCAGCCCGAAUGCACCUGGAAGAGCAGGUCCGCUCUCUGGACAGCCAGCUGUAUCCCGAGCGUCUGAAGGUGAUCACCCAGCAGGUGGAGGAGGAGCAGGUCCUCGUUCAGAGCCAAACGCUGCUGCGCCUGCAGCAGAUCCACUCCGUAGACCGAAAGGCGCCGAGCCCACAGGUUCUGUCUUUGCCCACUCCUCCGGCCCCAACCCACCACCCCACGGUUAUUGUCCCCGCCCCAGCACUUACCCAGCAGCCCCAGCAUCACGUCACAGUGGUGACCAUGAGCCCUUCGGUCCACACCAGCAGCGUGUCCACGUCCAGACAGAACCUGGACGCCAUCGUGCAGGCGAUCCAGCACAUCGAACGCACUCAGGAACGACGAGCCAGCACCGAGGAAGAGCAGAGAAGAGCGGUCAUCGUCAGCCCCGCCCACGUUGCCAUGGACACCGCCUGCUCAGACACAGACACGGACACAGAGGGGGAGGAUUGUUUGAUGAACUAAUGGAUCCAUCCCAUAAACUCUGGUUCAGAGAAACACUUCAAAUCAAACUCACUGUAAGAUUCCAUCCAAGAGCUUCAAAAAACGCCAUCCAAGCUCCAAAACCCAGAGGUUAAGCUCUUCGUCCGUCUUGUACUGUCAUUUUUUCUGAAUACUAAAAACAUAAAGAGAUCGCCGUGCAGAAAAGGGUUGUGGGACUAAAUCCGCCCGUGUCAGUCUGUCGUGCGUCUUUGCGUGCUUCAUAUCCUCUUGGUAGCAUCAUAUCGUCACUGGAACGCUGGCAGCAUCAUGGCAAACGGAUGGCGGCCGCGUACCGGGGAGCUGAAUGUAACCGCGCGUCACGCCAACCGUUUGUGGCCUGAAGAUCAGCCCAGUGUUCUCUUUAUGUGAUGCCAAUCACCAACCCCAAAAUCCUAAAAAGUUUCCAAUUUGGACAAAUUUCCGAGUUGGAAUGAUAGAAUUGCAACUAUAUCUGAUGUACUUGAAGGAGAAAAAAGCUGUUUUGGUGUCUAGAAAAUAAGCUGACCGAUCGUGACGUUCUUCAGGUUGGUGGGAGUUUGGUGUCGGUGGAAGCCAACGCUCAGACUACCAUUUAUUAAGUUGUGUGCAGAUUUACAAACUGGAGGAUUGGGACGUUGCCACGGACACCCGGAGACGUCAUGGGUCCAUGCCAUCUUGUUGCCACGCUUAGCUAAGCCAGCCGCGGCCCCCCUUCUGAUGUGUCUGCGGGCGGGUGGAGGGUUUGGGGACGUCUGGGUGGGGGGGCUUUCUGCUUUUGCUUCCAAUCAGAUAAAUUUUGUCGGAAUCCGGCGUUCCCGAAUCUGGAAAAAUGAAAACGUCCGAUCCCCGGCGUGUCUCUACAGACUUGCAUCUCAUGGUCUGGUCGUGGUCUGUAGCUCCAGUGACUAUGCACUUGCGCAAUUGCUGUUUAUGCAAUUUCAUCUUGUGUACAUUUUGUUGGUGGCAUUUCUAUGUGAGGCAAAGUUCUCUAUGCACCUGUAAAGGUCUGUACCUGACAUCUACAGUGUACGUGUCAAACUUGACGCGCAUUUGGAAAGAAUGUAGUCUUUACUUGCCAGGUGCUCUUUCCGACGCUCUGCCUGCGAGCAGAGGCCGAGGCCAGAACCCGUCCCGUCAGCCAGUCCCUCUUGCAUGUGCCUGAUCCCAUGUUUCCUUUGGAAUGAGGCUUUUUUCUUCGGGGGGGGGGGGGGGGGGGGGGGCACAGUGGGACCACCUCCAACCUGUUUCAGAAAAGGAAACUGAUUUGGCAGCUCGGGUUGGAGAGAUUUUCGGCAUAUCACACCGUAGGAACAGGGACGAUAGAUGCGCUCCGUUACUUACAGUCGUCUUGGGAAUCGGACUGGAAACCUCUGCCAUCCUCCCGUCUGUCAUGUUUCUGACUUGAUGCUGUAAACAUUCCUUUGUUUGUGGACGUUCAUUUGCCAAUGUCACGGAUGUUAGUCCUCCGUUUUCCUGUUUUCCGCUCCACCCUUGUGUUUCUUUCUAGCGAACACGCCGCUGAUUCCUUCACUCAUCACAGUCGUUUCAGAGGGAUGUCCAUAUCUUUGUACAGUUUGUUUGUUUUUCCAAAUAAUGUUGAGCCAUAACCUGGAUUUCUGAUGUUUUUCUUCUUCUUUUGAAUCAGUUUUCCCGUAGAUCUUUCUGUACGUUGCGUUGGCCACAUUGUUGUAUUUGGGUGUAUUUUAAACAUGAUAUGAAGCACUUGUUCUGUACUGUCCAAAUCAAUUAUGAGGAUGUUCUUUCUUCUGCAGCCAAUACUUUUUGUAAGCUCUUUGCUGUUAUGUAUUUGAAAGUGUCUCUACCUUUUCCUCUCGUUCUGUUUGUUCCCCGACCUGCUUUUCAUUUCCAUUUAUAUUUUUUUAAUACGUUUUUGUGACAUCAAGUUUUGUUUCUCUGUCAGACUGGGACAAUGACAAACUGUUAUAUUUUGUUUAUAAAAAUGUGGAGUAAACAGAUCUUUGUUAAGAUGAAAAAAAAAUAAAAUUUGUACUUUGUUU